AUGUUCCGCGAAAUCUGUUGCGAAAGUUUGAAUCUCCACCAAUCUCGACAACAGGCACAAGACAUGGUCGAUUUGUACAAGAUCUACUUGGCACGGAUGGCCCAGUUGGUGAGUUUUGAGCAGCAUUUCAAGACUUCGGGCCCCGAUGUUUCAUUUUGAACGAAUUUCUUGAGAAAGUCUCUAAAAGUGCGCUAAAGUUUAAAAAAAUGGGUGAACAAAGUUUUGUAAUCCUUUCAAAAUUUUGGAUCAAGUUUAAGCCUGUCGGGCAGGGCUGGAGAAUUUUGCAUGAAUUUCACACGACCCGUCCCGUUGCAAGUCUGGUUUUAAUAGAAAUCUCUUAUUGAAAUUGAAAGAUGAGUUUCACGCUUUUUAGAUAAACAGAGACGAGGUCCAAGAGUACGAGCAUCUGGUGGACUGCUUCAUUUCCGUAUGGAAACAUGGAACUUUUGUGCAGUACAAAUUCAAAAAAUCCUACACUCUGCAGCACAUGGAGGUGCAUUCUUUUUCAUUUUUCUCUUUUUAUCGACUAUUUUGUUCAGGAUAUAGUUCAGGGCUGUAAAAAACUGAUUGAAGACCUUUACGCCAUUGACGGAUUCCUCUUCAAGUGCGUCGCUGCCGGACUCCUCCCUCUUUAA